AAAAUUGAAAAAAAAAGACUUAAGGAAGAAAAGCUCUUCGGUCCAAAAAACCUCAAGAGAAAGGUUUGAUUCUUUUUAGGAAUCGGAGUAAUGGACGCCGACGAGAAAUUAACGGCGUUGAAGAAGGCGUAUGCUGAUGUAAUAUUGAGCAUAUCAAAGGAGGCAGCGACUAGAGUUAUGGCCUCAGAAAGGAAGUCUGUGAGGUAUCAGCAUGAGCUGAAGGUGGCAAAAGAGGAGGGGGUCCGGAUGCUGCUCCGCCUCAAGCAGAUGAUGGAUUCUCAGAUUGGUGAGGCAGAAGCAGCAUCAGUGAAGCAGCAGAAGAAGAUUGAGGAACUCGAAGCUCAACUUCAGGAAGCUGAGGAUAUUGUAAGUGAUCUCAGAGAAGAGUUGCGGGAGCUGCAGACUGAACUGGAAAGGGUAAAGAAUGAGAAUUUGCAGCAUGUAGAAUAUUGCUGCUAUUCUUGUUCAAGAAACAUACCAGUGGAAGCUAGAAUUUAUUCAUAUAGGUCGAAUGAAGUCCUUCCUCCAAAUGAUUUUUCUGUAGCUUCUGAUGUAGCAGUACGGAAUCCAAGCCAGAGAAAUGAAUGCAGCAAGUGCUAUAACAAGAUAGUUUGUACAUGUGGUGCAUACGUUAGGAAUCGAGAUUUGCCUUCUAUAAUAUUGAGAGGCAAAGAGCCUGGGCUGUACAGAAAUGGAUGUACACAAAGGAUCCUGGCAUGUGAGAGGAAUCUCUUGGAUAAGGAUUUAUGUCUCUCGGAGGAAACUAAUAAUGUAAACGACAUGAAGAAUUGUGGGGAGCAGGAAGAGGAAGAAGGUAAAGCGCCCUCCAGAGCAGCACCAACUUGUGGAACUAAAACUCUGACUGAACUUGAGAAUAAACUAUUGGCAGAUAUCAAGCUUGACGGCUUGGAAUCUUUUCCUCAGAAAAGGAAGAGAGCUAUUAGACGAAGAAAAGCUGUGAUACCCCUAGGUGGGAAACAAUCUUAUCUUCUCCUGAAAUCAGAUCAGGUAACUCAACAUUCUGUGUCAAACUACCCAAUUUUAGUCGAUGACUGUGCUUAUUGUGACGAGCAACCUCCAAAGAUAGGUCCAAGAUUGUUCCCAGAUAAAGCUGAGCCAGAAACUCAGCUGGGAUGCGCAGAAUCAUCUAAAGAAGAAAAAAAUCUUGUGGGAAUUCGUGCUGAGAUGAAAAUGCACAAGGAUGAAGGACCGAAUGAAGAAAAUGUGCCUCUAGUGGAGGAAACUGGGUUGUCAGAUAAUUUGUCGUCUCCUGAUUGUAAAUUGGAUGCUGAGGACUUAGAGUCAAAUUCGCCUGGCAAAAGUAAAGGGCGCCCCAGCCUACAAGAG